AUUGCCCUAAAUCAGAGGAAAAAUUGAGGAUGACAUUCAAAGGUUCGUCGUGUCCGUCUCCGUCGUGAGUCUGCAUGGGUUCCACUUCCAUCCUCAGAGCAAGAGGUGGCAACAAAACUUCUUCUUCUUCUUCUUCUUCUUCUUCUUCAUUUCUUUGCAAUAGCGGUGGAGGCGGUGGUGGCAGCUGUGGCGAGCAAAACCUAAUCAUGUCUAUCCACCAGCCGUUUGAUGGCAGAGCACUGCCUCUAAACACCACCGUGGUGCCCGUCGACAAAGGCAAGACCAGCGUGUAUGCCUUCCGGUGGGCACUUAAUCAUCUCGAUAGUCCAAUCAUCGUCGCUCUCCACGUUGGGCCAAAACACAUUCCAUCCCAUGAGGCUCUCAAGGUAUUUCCCCCUGAUGAAAGCGAUGUAGCCAAUGUUUUCUCUGCAUUACGAGAAGUACGUACACAUAAAGUGGUGACGAUUAAAGAAGCCGUAGUUGACGAUAGUGAUGUUGUCAAAGGAAUUUCAGACUUUGCAAACCAUCAUCACAUCAACAGUAUCGUUAUCGGCGCAACGGCCAGCUGGAACUCUCUGGCAAGGAAAUUUAUAGGUUUUGAUCUGCCAACGGCCAUAAUCAAGUCAGCUCCAGAUUAUACUUCUGUGUAUGUAAUUUCAAAAGGGAAGAUAGUCUCAGCUCGAUCAGCACUGCGUCCUAUGUCAAAUAUUUUUGCCCCGUCAAAACAACCGCUGGCACUUCAACCAAAUGAUGUAGAAAACGGAGUAAGGGGUUUGGCUGCAAACAGGGCACAGGCAGCUAAAAGAGGAGGGAUGACAGAGGGAUCAGAAAGAACGUCUUCUGAGACGAACAAGAAUCGAGCAAGGGAAAAGAGUUCCGGCAGUUCGUCGAUGGAUAAAAUCGACCUACCCAGUCGUGGGCUGAAGCCAUCAGUUGGCCCUGAUUCUUUUUCGGACGAAAGUGUUUCAUCGGAUCUAACUAAACAAGAUUUGGUGUUUAGCUUUUCAUCUGAUGGCUCCAGGACAUCAUCAUCCUCCCAACCAUCGAAAGAACUAGAAGCUGAAAUGAAGAGAUUGAGGCUUGAAUUGAAGCAAACCAUGGACAUGUACAGCUCAGCUUGCAAAGAGGCAAUCUCAGCAAAAAAUAAGGCUGACGAGAUUAAUCAAUGGAAACUAGAGGAGGCACGUAAACUUGAGGAAGCAAUAUUGUCAGGAGAGGCAGCUCUUGCACUGGCAGAAAAGGAGAAGGCUAGAGCCAGAGCUGCCAUUGAAGAAGCUGAGGAAGCCAAGAAAAUGGCUGAGAAGGAAGCAGAGAGAAGGAGACAUGCAGAGAUAAAGGCCAGGAAAGAAGCAGCAGAAAAGGACCGAGCAUUAACUGCUUUGGCUAAAAAUGAUGUUCGAUAUAGAAAAUACACAAUAGAGGAGAUCGAAAAAGCUACUGAAAAGUUCUCCCCUUCCUUGAAAAUAGGUGAAGGUGGAUAUGGGCCUGUGUUUAAAGGUGAACUUGAUCACACCCCAGUUGCGAUCAAAAUCUUAAGACCUGAUGCUGCUCAGGGCAGGAAGCAGUUUCAGCAGGAGGUUGAGGUAUUAUGCUGCAUUAGACAUCCCAAUAUGGUCCUCCUCCUCGGUGCGUGUCCUGAUUAUGGGUGUUUGGUGUAUGAAUACAUGGAGAAUGGUAGCUUAGAAGAUAGAUUAUUUCGGAAGAAUAAUAGCCCGCCUCUUUCAUGGAGGUUAAGGUUUACAAUAGCUGCUGAAAUAGCAACUGCACUUCUUUUCCUUCACCAAAGCAAGCCAGAACCCCUUGUGCAUCGGGACCUAAAACCAGCCAACAUUCUCCUAGACCGAAAUUAUGUGAGUAAAAUCAGUGAUGUGGGCCUGGCACGAUUGGUUCCGCCUUCUGUAGCUGAUUCUGUCACACAAUAUUACAUGACUGCAGCUGCCGGGACCUUUUGCUACAUUGAUCCUGAGUAUCAACAAACAGGAAAGUUAACGACUAAAUCGGAUGUAUAUUCAUUGGGGAUAAUGCUACUGCAAGUUGUCACAGCUAGGCCUCCCAUGGGUCUUUCUCACCAGGUCAAAAGGGCAAUUGAAAAAGGAAGAUUUUCAGAGAUGCUUGAUCCUACGGUGACUGAUUGGCCAGUUAAAGAGGCUCUAGCAUUUGCCAAAGUGGCAGUGAGUUGCGCAGAGCUUAGCAAGAAGGACAGGCCUGAUCUUGCAACAGUUGUAGUGCCAGAGCUUAACCGCUUAAGGAAUUUUGGUUUGACGUCUCACCCUAGCUAGUCCCAUUGUCAUCAACAAUCAGAGUCAUAGUCAAGCGGGACGCUUCUCCUGCACCUACACAAAAUUCAUGACCAAUCACAUUAAAUAAGAGCCGGGUUUGUGUAUUAAUUAACCUUACUAGUUUUGCUAGGAUCAAUACACUAAUUUUAAGCGUCAAAACCUUAUUCUGCAUUCUCUUCCAAAUUUGGUCUUGCUUGCAUAGGUUUUGAGAAUACAUUUACUAUUAACUCUGUAAAUGAAAUAUAUUUUUCCUAGUAAUGUGUACCUAUCCUGAACAAGGAAUGCACGACAUUUAAAGAAUAUUGAAUAUACCACUGACAUAUUACAGUUUAAAAGGAGAAUGGGGU